ACGCACGCAGCGUCAAAACAGUGUCGACCAUGGCGGAAUGUGUUCGACUCAACAGCAGCACAAGUAGUCACACCAUGGAUAAAAGCAUCACUCUUCCGCCCGACGAAAUAUUCCGCAACUUGGAGAACGCAAAGCGGUUCGCGAUAGACAUAGGUGGAUCUCUCACAAAGCUUGCCUAUUAUUCGACUGUGCAACACAAAGUGGCCAAAGUACGAUCUUUCGACCACUCUGCAAAGGAGGCUGCCGGCGACAGGCUCUAUGAAAUAUCUGUGCAGGAAGAGGUGACCGCGCGCCUGCACUUCAUCAAGUUUGAAAAUGCUUACAUUGAAACAUGCCUGGACUUCAUCAAAGAUCAUCUGGUCAACACGGACACCAAAGUUAUCAAAGCCACAGGUGGAGGGGCGCACAAGUUCAAGGAACUCAUCGAGAGGAAACUCGGCCUCAAAGUGGACAAAGAGGAUGAGAUGACCUGCCUCAUCAAGGGCUGUAACUUUGUGCUGAGGAACAUCCCCCGCGAGGCCUUCGUGUAUGCCAAACACGCAGACUCAGAGUUUCGCUUUCAGACGACUCAGCCAGACAUCUUCCCCUACUUGCUCGUAAACAUUGGCUCUGGGGUGUCCAUAGUCAAGGUUGAAUCAGAGGACAAAUUUGAGCGAAUAGGAGGAAGCUCAAUAGGUGGAGGGACGUUCUGGGGGCUCGGAGCCUUGCUGACCAAAACAAAGAGAUUUGAUGAGCUGCUACAAUUGGCUUCAAAAGGGCAGCACACAAGUGUCGAUAUGCUUGUCAAAGAUAUCUAUGGAGGAUCUUACGGGUCUUUGGGCUUGACUGGGGAUCUUAUUGCGAGCAGUUUUGGAAAGUCUGCUACUGCUGACAAAGAGUUCUCUAAAGAAGACAUGGCCAAGAGCUUACUCCACAUGAUCAGCAACGACAUCGGGCAGCUGGCCUGUCUGUAUGCAAAGCUCCACAACCUGUCCAGAGUCUACUUUGGAGGCUUCUUCAUCAGAGGGCACCCUGUCACCAUGCACACUAUCACCUACAGCAUCAACUUCUUCACCAAGGGUGAAGUUCAGGCCUUGUUCUUAAGACAUGAAGGUUACCUCGGAGCCAUCGGGGCAUUUCUUAAAGGAGCAGAGGAAGACAAUCCAAACCAGUACAGCUGGGGUGAGAAUUAUGCAGGAAGCUCCGGCCUGAUGAGCGUUUCUCCAGAUAUGAAUCCCAUGCAACGUGCACGCAGUGGAACGUUUGACAUGUUGGAGAUGGACCGUCUGGAGAGACAGCUGGUGAAUCUGCCUCUGCUGCAGGACCCUUCAUCGUACAUCCCGGACACCAUGGACCUCACAGAGGAUGCACUGGCCCGCGAAUACUGGCUCUACUGCUUCGAAGAGGCCCUAGACGGGGUGGUUAAGAGAGCCGUAGCGAGCCAGCCUGACAUGCCGCAGGCGGCCGAGCGAGCCGAGAAGUUCCGUCAGAAAUACAGACACAAGCUACAGACACUCCGGCACCAGCCUUUUGCUUAUGGAUCCCUCACUGUCAGAAGUCUGUUAGACACGAGGGAACACUGUUUAAACGAGUUCAACUUUCCUGAUCCCUACUCUAAGAUUAAACAGAAGGAGAAUGACAUUGCUCUCAAGUACUACCAGAAAGCAAUGAAGUCCCUGGAGGAGUUGACCUGGGAGGAGAGGCAGUUUGCCCUGGUCAGGGGCGUCCUGGCUGGGAAUGUCUUUGAUUGGGGAGCCAAGGCCGUGUCAGAUGUCCUCGAAUCUGAUCCUGAGUUUGGAUUUGAGGAGGCUAAACGGCAGUUGGAAGAGCGACCAUGGCUGGUUGAUUCUUAUGACCAGUGGCUCGAGAGAUUAAAGGGUCCUCCUCAUAAGUGUGCCUUGUUUUUCGUAGAUAAUAGUGGAGUAGACAUCAUUCUAGGGGUGAUUCCUUUUGUCAGAGAGCUUCUCUCUCGAGGAACAGAGGUUGUGUUGGCCAGCAACUCUGGUCCUGCGUUGAAUGACGUCACGAAUGGUGAACUUCAAAUAUUGACCGAAAGAAUCGCCGCUAUGGAUCCAGUGAUUCAGGCUGGUCUGAGGGAGGACAGGUUGACGUUGGUCCAGAGUGGUUCCAGUUCACCCUGCCUGGAUCUGAGUCGUCUGGACAAAGUGUUGGCGAUGGUGGUGCGGGAGCGACAAACCGACCUGGUGAUCAUCGAGGGAAUGGGCCGAGCCAUCCACACCAACUACUACGCCAUGCUCAGCUGCGAGAGCCUCAAGAUGGCAGUCAUCAAGAACUCGUGGCUGGCCGACCGGCUGGGAGGAAAGCUGUUUAGCGUGGUCUUCAAGUACGAGGUACCGGCUGGAAAACCCAGCCAGAACUCUGCGGCGCUGACGCCCUCAUGAGCCUGACACGGCUCGAGUUUGAGCAGGACACAACGCCAAAGUCGAGCAACCAGGGAGGGAGUAGCUGGAGCUCUGAAUGUAAGGGUGGUGAUUGUAUACUGCCACUAAGUGAACGACUGUUUGCAAAGCUGAUUGUAAAAUUCAAGUGGGUUUUUAAAGGUGAUCAUUAACUGGGAGGUUUUUACAUUUAAUUUUGUUGUUGAUUUUAGUGCUGGUUUCAUCAACAUGGUUUACACUGCUUUGCAGGUCUCUGUCCAACCUGUACAAUCACUUAGUUUGCUACGAUCAUGACUGCCUAUCGAUCUCAUUCAGCUUUUUGAUAUCAUGUGAAGUCACUGGCUGUGUUCGGUAAACUAUGACAGACUGUUAUGACAGAUCAGAUAUUCAGCUUGUAGAGAAAUGAAUGAAAAACAAAAGUUUGAAGUAUUUUGCGUCAGCGAGCGCGGUAAUUGCAGCUUUCAGCGGUAACACUUUCGACAAAGUGUAUUCAAUGUGCCUUGAGGCUGAUGUGAUGAAAGUGUCUUUCACUUAGAUUGCUUUUUAAUUCCUGUUGAAGGCGACACAAAUAUCUGCUUUUGUUUCCCAGCAAUCUCACGCCAUAGACAAGGAGGAACCUCCUGUUUUAUUACUGCCAGUGUAUGAAACGAGAUUAUGAAAUCAUUGUCACUUGUGUAGCUGUUAAAGUGGCAUCAGGGAAAAAAAAAAACAGUGGUUGAUCAGUGGGAGAAGCAGCACUUUAUCACAAAGAGAUUUGGUCGUGUUCCUCCACAAGGUGGCAGUGUUCUACUGUGACGAAGUUUUUUUUGUUGUUUUUUUUAUUUGUAAUGGUUUCUCAGAUCUUUCCCGAGGUGCUUGGUGUCAAAAAUUAACACUGCAUAUUUCAGGUUAAAUAUUCUAACUGUCUCUGAACAAAGCAUCACUUGGAAGUUUGUUUUUGUCACUGAGCUGGCUGUGGCAUGAGUUCAAAGGUUCACCGUUAUUAACUGGCAUGAUAAGCUGUAAUCCAUCCCUAAAACAAACAAAAAAAAGCAAUUGUUUUUGAAGGCAAUAAUACUGCAGCACGUAGUUGUAACGAACAUCACUGUGUGAUUGUGAAGUGGCUGAUUCGUAUUAGUGACUUCAUCGUGAAAAUAUCCAAAUUCAAGGCAGGAUCUUAUUCUUGAAAAGCCUUGAAGUGAAAAUGUUUCCCCAAAGUUACAGUCGCUUGACAAGUGGACUCACCUUGCAAUAUUGUAUUUGUCAUUUGUACAUACAUGUGAGUGUGUGUGUGUGUGUGUGUGUAUACACAUACAGUAUAUAUAAAAUUCACUUUGCAUCACUUCAGUUAAGCACACCAAGCACAAUUCUGUGUAUUAUUCUCCUGACAAUCAAUUUUAAUUAAAUGGUGAAAUUUUAUUCCUUUUUA